AUGCCGUGUCUCCUCGUUAGCCUAGUCCCCGUCGUCAUCGUCUUCGGCCAAAGCCUUGAACUCAUCAUCGUUCUGCUCAUCCUCUUCGGAUGGGACAACUUCGCCCGCGUCGUCCGCGCCGAAACCCUCACCCUCCGCGAAUCCGACUACGUGAGCUACGCCCGCAUCCAAGGCGCCUCGCAAGCGCGGGGAUCACUCUUCGCCAACAUCCUCCCCGGUAGCGUCCGUAGUUGCAGCACCGAGUCUACGUCAUACGGCAGCCUCCGCGUCGGCUCUCUCAUCCUCACCGAAUCCACCCUCAGCUUCCUCGGCGUCGGUGUGCCACCGACACCCACUGCAUGGGGCAUCAUGGCCGCAGACGGUCGUCAACACCUCUCCCGCGCAUGGUGGAUCAGCACCAUGCCCGGAAUCGCCAUCUUCCUCGUCGUCAUGGGAUUCAACUUCCUCGGCGACUGGCUCCGAGACUGGUUCGACCCGAGGCUGCGGCAGCUAAGAGUGCAGUAA